UGCCAGUCCCCUUGGGAGGCGCAGAAGCCCUUCGUAAAAAGAGGCCUGAGUCACCCCACGGCGGCCCGCCCUGCCGCCCUCCCGGGGAAACCCCGGCUUCGGACCCGAGCCAGAAGGAGGCGGAGGAAACGCCUUGGCGGCUUAUAAAGGGAAGCUCCGUUGCGCCUCGCUGAGAUCCCUCGCCGCGCAAUGGAGCCCACGGCCUCUUCCCACCUGCCGAGCUUGACACGGACGGCGUGCUUCUUCGCGCUUCUGGGGCUGGUUUGUCCCCAGAAGGUGCACGAAGACAGCAGAAAGAUCUGCCUGCAGCCACCUGUUGAAGGACCCUGCCGUGCAAUAUUUUCCAGAUGGUACUAUGACAGAUACUCACAAGCAUGCAAGGUGUUUUCAUAUGGAGGCUGCGAAGGGAACGACAAUAACUUCUUAAGUUGGGAGGAAUGUUCAAAACGUUGCAGCUCAAUUAAAAAAGUGCCUAAAAUAUGCAGGCUGGAAGCUGCCGAAGGAAUCUGUAGAGGUUCAAUACGGAAAUAUUUCUUUAACCUCAAGUCAAUGAGCUGUGAGAAAUUUUACUAUGGAGGAUGUCUUGGAAAUGAAAACCGGUUUGAUGAUGAAGAAUCCUGCAUGGACACUUGCAUGCCGAUAAAAACUGCCCCAUCCUUUUGCUACAGCCCAAAAGAUAAAGGAGUAUGUUCAGCUUCAGAGCCUCGUUUUUACUACAACGCAAAGACAAAAGCCUGUGAGGAAUUCACUUACACAGGAUGUGGUGGAAAUAAUAACAACUUCCGUACUCAGAAAGCCUGCCUCAAGGUCUGCAAGAAAGAGAGAAGGAAACCAAGUUUUUUGAGACGAAUAAAAGCCAGCACAUAAGACUAUGAAGUUGCUCCAAAUGAAGAAGUCAGAAGACUAAAGGCACUGUUUUAACUUACUGGGAAUGUUUUCCAAUGUUACAGUUAUCUGUUGCUGCUAAACAUUUUUAUCUUACUGUAGAGGAGUAUUUUUUGAACUGUAACAAACCAAAUAUGUCACGGUCUACCAAGGUCAAAUUGUAGAUCAUCAGCCUUUCUGGAUUGAGUCCUAUGGGCAGCACAAGGUGUUCUGCUAGGAGAAAUAAACUAACCUUUGUCUAGGUUUCUGGCUCUCAUGAAAUAGGCUCAGUACAUCUGCAGAACAAACAUUUUUCUCAACCAUUUUGUUAAUAUGUUUGGUAUACUUUCAUAAUGACUGUUUAUGUGGCCCUACCACCACCUAUCACAUUGAUAGGGAUGGACCCAGAGUUUGGAAAUAUUAUGUAGGGACAUUAACCCCUAGAAUCCCCCAGUCUAUCAUAGGGGAUUCUGGAAGCUUUAAUCCAAAAUCACUCUUCCAAGAAGUGAUAAACAUAAAUCAUAGCUCAGUGGUAGUUCACAGACUUUGUAUGUAGAAAGUUCCAGCUAUAGCUGUCUCCUGUUGAAAAUUUCUUGCUCUUAUUAGUAUUAAUUUUCUCAAUUUUUAAAAAUAUCAAAGUAAAUUAAUGUGUUUAAACAUUUUCUCUGCAUGGUUGUAUAGAGAUUGUUCUCCUGUUUUGGGAAGAAGGGUUUAACCAUCCCAAACAUAAGUCAAGACAUAUGGCAUCUUGUCUUUUUCGUAUAGUAGAACAUUGUUAGUUGUUUUUGGCUCAUUCUCAUAUAAGGAAUGAAUGCAGAAUUAUUUACAAGAAAAUUGUACUGAGUGAUAUCAAUACCCCUGCCAUGAUAUCACCUACACAUCUGGAAAGCACUGGAUUGGAGAAGAUGCCUUAAAGAACAGACGUGACAGAAACUACUAAAUGACAAACACCAUUUGAUAAUCUCAAAGUGUGUGCAAACCUUCUAAGGGACCAAUCUGAAUUGGUCAAGAUUUUCAGUAAUAGUACAAAAUUGUAACAUUUGUUGUCAACAGGGAGAAAUGAGCAAUAUACUCAACUGUUUUACUUCUUUAAAAAAGAAAACCGAUUCGCUGCUUAAGGUUGUUUACUGUGCUGUUGUUGUUUACUGUGACAUUAUUUUUCAGUGUUACCAUUUUGACAUUAUGCACUAUAAAGCCACAGAGUGAUUAUCAUGACUGAGUACAUUUCUAUGUGGCAGUUACAAUAGAGAAUGCUAAGCAGAAAACUAUUUGGAAGCUGGAAACACUGCAAAUUGGAGUUUAUGAGAUACUUGGGGUUCCUUUCCUUUCUUUGAAGCAACCACCAUUACUUCUUACAAAUUGCAUUUCUGGUUUAUUUUAUUCACUUCUUGAUAUUUACAGGGGUUUCCACCUUUUUGUGUAAAGGGAAAAUUACUCACUUUCACCCCUUGUUGUCUUUUCCCCAGAUUCCAUGUCCUAAUUUUCUUUGCAUGUGGGCCUGGUAGUAUUGUAACCCUGUAGAAAUGUGUGAAAUCACAUCAUAACAUCCUAUGUUUAAGUGAAAGUAAACAUUAAUAAAAUAAUUUGGUUCUGUAA